AAUUGACUUGUAUUGUAUUAGACAGCUCCGGGAAUAGAAAAUAAUCUAAGAUAUGACUUAAGUUGUGAAUUUGAAAGUUUUCAUAAAUAAAAAGAAAUGGUUGAGCUACUUUAUAUUGUCACUAGCUUGCAUGUGCUACUAUGUCCAUUCACAAAAGUCGAGGAAAGUUUUAAUAUUCAAGCAUUUCAUGAUAUUUUAUAUCAUCGGCUAAACUUAUCAGAGUACGAUCAUAAUGAGUUCCCGGGUGUAGUGCCGCGUACUUUCAUUGGACCACUUGUUAUAUCUUCAUUAUGUUCACCUGUUGCUUUCUUAUUUCAUUUACUUAGUAUAAAUAAAUUUUGGAUGCAGUAUGUAGUGAGACUGUCUUUAGCAUUGACAGUAAUAGCAGCAUGGAACCGACUUCGAAAUGCUUUAAAAAAGCAGUUUGGGAACACCCUUGCCUGGUGGUUUACUUUAGUUAGUGUGACACAAUACCAUUUUAUGUUUUAUAUGAGCCGUCCAUUACCUAAUAUUAUGACAUUACCACUUGUACUUUUAGCACUUGAAGGAUGGUUACUUGGAAAACAUAAGCAGUUCAUAAUAUCAGCAGGUGCUGCAAUUAUUAUAUUCCGCUCUGAACUUGCAAUGUUGUUUGGUUUAUAUCUUAUUGUAGACCUUUACUUUAAGAAGAUUGAUGUUACUGCGCUACUUAAAAUAGUAAUCCCAGCUGGAAUUACUUUAAUUACACUGACAGUAGUGGUUGAUACAAUAUUUUGGAGAAGACUUGUAUGGCCAGAGGCUGAGGUUUUUUGGUUUAAUACAAUUUUAAAUAAGAGCUCUGAUUGGGGUACUGCACCAUUCCUGUGGUACUUUUAUUCAGCGCUACCUCGUGGACUUGGCCCCAGUAUAGUCUUGGUGCCCAUAGGAUUAUAUCUUGAGAGGCGUCUCGUACCGAUCGUACUUCCAGCCUUAAUUUAUAUCUUGCUAUUCUCUUUUCUACCGCAUAAAGAGCUCAGAUUCAUAAUAUACGUGUUCCCUUUGCUCAACAUAUCUUCGGCUGCAGUAUGUUCAUACAUAUUUAUACGACGGACUAAAUCUCCAAUUUAUGAACUAUUUUUCUGGGGGACAGUUGUAAUUAUAGCUUGUAACGUCAUAUUUUCCGUAGCACUAGCUAUGGUUGCAAUGACAAAUUACCCAGGAGGUGUUGCGAUAACGAGAUUCCACAAGCUAUUAAAAAAUGAACCUUACGUUCAUGUACAUAUUAGUAAUUUAGCAGCGCAAACUGGAGUAACUAGAUUCACGCAAUUACAUGACCACUGGACUUACAGUAAAAAUGAAUCACUAAAUGUUAAUCAGUUACAAGAAUUUACUCAUCUUAUUUUUGAAGCUAAGAGUAAAUAUUCAUCAAAUCUUAAGGCAUUUUCUCAAACACAUGUUAUACUAGAUAGUGUAGAAUCCUUUUCACAAAUAACAGUGACAUACAAACUCUUUCCUCCAAUCAAAAUAAAGACCAAACCAGCUAUAUUUAUUUUAGAAAGAAAGAAUUUCAGAGAUGAUGCUUAUAGAUUGGACAAGCAAAAAGCAUACACAGAGGAUAUCAAGUUAGAUCAGGUGAGUGUUGAAGAAAAAGAAACAGACAAUACUAAUUAUAGUGAGGAAGUACUUGAAGAAUCUUAUAAUCAAAUUUUAGAAGUUGAAAGUAGCACUACAGAUGGGAUAGGGGAAAAUGUUAUUCAAAUUGUUGAUACAACUCCAGACGAAAAAGUCAUUAUAGUAAAUGAUGAUGAUAACGAAGAUAAUGUAACAAAAGAAGAAAUUGAAAAAGCAACGGCGAAAAUUACGAAGAUGAAAAAAGCGUUAGAAGAAGCGAAAAUGUAUAAUAGACAAGAAAGAAAGAAAAAAGCAAUAUCAAAAAUAAAAUCAGAGACCCGAAAGGAAGUAGUGGCUAGUGCUAAGGAAAAGCUAAAAGAACUUAUGAAACGUCAUAAACAUAUCGCUGAUGAACUUUCUGUUGCUAACAUAUCAAAUAAACUUAAUGAGGAGAAAGAAGAAGAUGGGAGGGGAGACAUACCUGAUGUUGAAAUUAAUCAAGAUUCUCCUACAACCAUGGGUGUCCAAAUAGAAAUCGAAUCCUCGGAAGGCGUUUUUGAAGUACAUGAAGCUACUAAUAACACAAAUGUAAAUAUUGAUUCUAUAGUCGAAGAGGUAAUAGUUCGUUUAAUAGACAGAAAAAUUUAUGACGAUAAGACAAAACCCGAGGAUAUUAAACUUGAAGAUAGAAUAAUGAUUCAAAAAAUUGUAGAAGAAAUUUUAACUGAAAAAAUGAAUUAUACGACAUCAGAAAAUAAAACGAAUUAAUGUAAGGGAUUUCGAACUAUUUAAUUAUGUGUAUUUUUACUAAUCAGUGAUCUCGAUUUGAAUAGUUCAACAUUUAUAAAUGUGUAUAUAAAUUAUGAUCUUGAAAGUGCCAAUUUUGCUAAGCUAUUAUUGAUAAAAACUAUUGUUCCGAAUUAUAGUAAAAUAAAUUAUUAUGUGUUAAUACUUUUUGUCAUAUUUACUUGCAGUAAAUGCGUUCCUAUACGUAUCUUGUCUACUACGCAGACUUUUGAGUCACUUAGGGUGACUUUGUGCAAGUCACUCUGUAUCCACCACCCACUCAUCGAUAAUUGUAUCACUGUGAUCCGGUUUGAAUGAUGAACGAGCCAAUGUAACAGGCACAAGAGCGACAUUUUAGUUCUGACCACAAGCGCCACGUAGUUGUUGAAUGGAAAAAUUAAUAUUUCCUACAAUGCCAAUGUUUUCAAUGAAGCAUAUUGAUUAUUUUUCAUCAGGUGAUUCAUAAGUGCUUCUUGUCGCACAGCCCGAAUAACUAUUUUUUAAGUCAAAAUUACAAGCAACGCGUAUAAUAUAAUUAGCACUACUUUGAAAAGUCUAUUCAUAAGUCUACAAUGGAACUAUAAAUAUAAGUGGUAACCUAGUUAUGGUAAUCGAUUUCACUACAACCCAUAAUCCUGACAAGCUAAUUUCGGGCCUCACGUAUUUGCUGCGUUAAAUAAAUCAAG